AUGGGGCGAAGUGUCCGACAUUCCAUCAAAAUGGCAGGAAGACUUAUCUACGCGGCAGUACGCCGUCCGUACACGUUGCAAAUAGACUCAUGAAAAUAGGGGCGGUUUUUCCAACUUCAGCAGGAGUCUGGUGUUCUUCUGAACAAUUGUUAUUGAUCUGAAAUUUCAAGUAAAGUGUAAAUAUGGCCUUCUUUCUGGAUUCCUUUGUCAUGUUUACAACCCAGAUUCUGUUCUUUCUCGGAGGCUGGAUUUUCUUCAUGCGUCAACUCUUCAAGAAUUAUGAGGUUCGCCAUGUGAUUGUACAGCUGGUCUUCUCUGCAACCUUCGCCCUGUCCUGCACGUUAUUUGAGCUUAUCAUCUUUGAGAUCCUGGGUGUGCUCAACACGAACUCACGUUUAUUCCAUUGGAAGUUUGACCUGUACGCCAUCCUCUUCAUACUGAUUGUCAUUCUUCCCUUCUAUGUCGCCUGGUUCAUCUUCACCAACAUACGCAUCGUUCAGAAUCGUCAUUUGACCUUCCCACUCACUCUGGGGGCGUGGCUUGUCUUCGUCUACUUCUUCUGGAAGUUGGGGGACCCUUUCCCCAUACUCAGUCGCAAACAUGGUAUAUUCUCCAUGGAGCAGGUUAUGAGUCGUAUUGGGGUCAUUGGGGUCACAAUCAUCGCCGUUCUGUCCGGGUUUGGUGCCGUUAACUGUCCAUACACCUACAUGGCGUAUUUUGUUCGGGAUGUGAGUGAUGCAGACAUUCAGGCCCACGAUAGGAAGCUGUUGCAAGUCAUGGAUAUGAUACUGACCAAGAAAAAGAGGAUACUACUAAUUGAGAGGGACCAGCUGCAGCAAGCAUCCUCCAAUCGUAAGCAGGCGUCAGGAAUCUGGGGAAUGCUGAAGAGUGUAGCCACAUCGUCUGGAGGGGCCAAUCUGGGUCAACUCCAGCAAGAGGUCGCGGGAUAUGAAGAACUCAGCAGACAGCUGUUCCUGGAGUUGGUUGACCUCAACAGCACAAAGGAAAGAAUCGAGUACUCCAAAACUCUCAAGGGGAAAUACUUCAACAUCAUGGGCUACGUCUUCUCCAUGUACUGCCUCUGGAAGAUUGUCAUCUGCACCAUCAAUAUCAUCUUUGAUCGAGUCGGCAAGACGGAUCCGGUGACGAAAGGCGUGGAGAUCGCUGUCCAUUGGUUGGGCAUUGAGUUUGAUGUUACAUUCUGGUCACAACACGUGUCAUUUAUUCUGGUUGGUAUCAUCAUUGUCACGUCGAUCCGAGGUCUGCUGAUAAAACUCACAAAGUUUUUUUACACCAUGUCCAGCAGCAAGUCUUCCAAUGUCAUCGUUCUUCUGCUUGCCCAAACAAUGGGCAUGUAUUUUGUGUCGUCGGUGCUCCUCAUGCGCAUGAACAUGCCGCCCCAGUAUCGCAUGAUCAUCACGGAGGUCCUCGGGGAUCUGCAGUUCAACUUCUACCAUCGUUGGUUUGACGUCAUCUUCCUGAUCAGCGCUCUGUCCAGCAUCGCGUUCCACUAUCUGGCCCACAAGCAGACUGGGGAGAAACCUGUGUACACGUGAUGUACAGAGAAUCUUAGACACAGUGUUUUACAGAGUGAGUCAAACAAAAACGGAAACCCAAAUGUUGGGACCAUUGUUUUAGGGAAGUUCUGCAUGUAGCAC